AGAGGGAUUUUGCAGGACGGGCCGCCACCUCAUCAUUAAGCUUGAUAGUAAUGAAAAGCUGAUUGCAUGGGCAAUAUAGACAAUUAGCUGAAUUCAGAUACGUGCAGAAUGCGCAGCGGACGUUGCAAUUUGGAAUUUUCGAUUUUUAGAAGCUCUGAACACAUUUCCAUUUUUCCCGCCUCUUUUCUCUUCCACAAACUCUUAAAUUCCACCUUAUUUCUUCCAUAUUUUCUAUUUCAAAAUCCCUAAAUAAAGUCGAAAUCACAACGUUCUUUAAUUAUCAGCUGGAGAAGUGAUUAGAUCAAAUGAGUGACUAUCGAAGUCUUGGCAGCAAUUUUCAUUCAUCCAGCCAAUCUAGGAAGAUUUCUAUCGGAGUUAUCUUAGACUCCUUAGUUGAGAGAAAACUUGGAGACAUCAAAGAAGAUGAGUGCAAACAGUCAAACACAGAAAGAAUUAAACCUGACAAUGGAAUUUAUGCUGAGGGUAAAAACAAAGGGGAAGCUGCCACAACCCCUAAGAGGAAGCAAACUGAACAUGCCGAGCAGGUUAAAUCUCCAUGGAUUACUCCUAGAAAAUCUCUUGCUGCAAGGACCGCCUCUUCCAACCUUGGACAGAAGAAACACAAAAAAGCGAAGGAUGUGUCAGUUACAUAUUCGGUUCAAUUUUUUUCUAACAAAACCUUCAAUGCACAGAAUGCCAGAAGCAAGCAGAAUAGUUUUGAUAGCUUCAUCGAUGACCUCACCUACAAAAGGAAAGAAAGGAAUGAUGGCAACUCACAGAAGGUGGAGUUCAAUUUAGCAGAUGCAGGGAAAGUUCCUGAGUCAGAUAAACUGGUGUUAGAGAGCAAAGCAAAUAAAACACAAAACAAACCAACAGAAACUUUGAAAAUGAAGCUGCAAGAAUUAUUGGGAAAUGUUUCUUCACCAGAAAGUCAGCUAUCUCGUUCACAAGAUCAGGAGGCAGAUGCCAAUAAUUUAACACCACAAAUAAGUGUUGAUCAUAUGGGACACACAGUUGUAAAGCCCAGACAAAGUUCAGAUACCAUAGAAACUGAUUCAGAGAAUCCUGAUCAGAUUAUUAAGAGGCCAGUAACCAAUUCUUUGACCCGAAAGCGAGCUCCAGCCAAAGUGCAAACAAACAAGACUAAAGUUGGUUUAUCCUCCAAGCAGAAACAUCGAGAAAGAUUCGUCUCUUUUCGAGAAGGAAGAUCUACAAAGCUAGAUGGUGCUGUCAAUACUGCCUCAAAAUUGUCCAGGAAAAAGAAAAUUCAGAAGAAAAGUUCAAAAAUUGAUUCACGUAAGAUCUGUUUUGCUGAAGAAGGUAAUGUAGAUGAGAUUAAGCAAACAAGUUAUAGGAGCGAAACUCCAGUGCCAGCGGGGAAAACUUCUGUACUUGGUAAUAAGAUGGAAAACUCCCUUAGCUUCUUUAGCGAGAAAAGGAGAGAAAACUUUGAAAGGGUGCAAGAAAACCACUUUUUUAGCUCUCCGGUGACCAACAAGAACCAACCAGCUAAUUUUGAAAAUCCAACAUCACCAGAAAAAGGGGAUAAACAAGAAGAUUUUGGUAAUAUAUCUUUGUGGAAUGUUGUAAACACCCAGGACAAUUUUCCAAGUCCAACUUUUGGAUUCAGAACACCUAUUUUAAACACUUCUCCAAGCCCAACACCAAAAACUAUGGAGAGAGAGCAAGUUGUAUGCAGUCCUGUACCAUCAGAGAGAGGAUUUAUCACAGGAAAUAUCCGCAGCUUCAGGAAUUUCCAAGUUUCAAGGCCUGUUUGUAAUAAAUCAACUGCACAAGCUCACUCACCAGUAUCCUUAACUAUUUUUCAGGAUUCUGAUAUGGGAAUUGAACAUGUUAAAAGAUAUGCGCAUUCCAAACCAUCAUCCGAAGAGAGGCUGUCAGAGAGCUUUGAAGAUUUUUCGCCCACUAUUAAAAGAUACAAUUGUCAUACAGAAAAUCCGAUCUCACUAGACACUGGUGUUUUUGAGAAACCAAAUUUCAAUCGUUGUCCAAUCAAAAGGAUUAGUGAAUGCACUCCCACCACUGCCUCUCAAAAAGGGGCAAGGAUUGGAGAAAGUGUUCGGUUCCAUGAACCCUUAGAACAGGACCAAGAGGAUGAAUUGACAAGGGCUGUUACACUGUUUGCUUCAGCUUUAGAAACCUUUAAAAGGAAAAUGGAUUCAACUACUAGCAAGAAGUCCUCCGAGAUUUUGGUGUCCAUUUCUGAGGAGAUUAAUUCACUGUUGCUGAAUGCUCAGUCUGAGAUUGAAUAUGAUGUGGGGAAGCUAACUAGUCUCAAUAAAACAAAAAAGAAACGCCUGGAAACAAGAUUGCAAGAGCAACAAGAACAAUUAAAGCUGAUACUUCAAAACUUCAAGGAGGAUAUCCAUCAGCUUCUCUUGGACUGCAAUAGUAUUCUUGAAGGGAUGGAAGCUCACCAAAUUGAGUUAAAGGGAAUCAUGAAAAAACAAAAAGUAUCACACCAGAAGCUUCUCAUGGACGUUAAAGCAGCAGCUGAAAUCCAACUUAAUAAUGCUGAAAGAAGAAUCACUUCUGUACAUGAGUCAGCAAGGGAAAAGAUGCUCCAGCUGAAACAUGUAAUAGCCGAGUGCUUGACAGACAGUAAAUACUGAACCAAAAGAGGUCCGAUGAGCAGACUUCCAUUUGUCCCAGGAACUAAGAAGUCGACUUUGUAAAUUUUACCGUCCUUAAAAUUUUCCUGAUACCUUGUCCAUCUCUCAAUUGUUCAAUAGAACCUUAUCUGUAAUAGUGAACAUAUCAUUUUGCUUUCCGAGUGGCCUGUAACUUGCAUUUGCGGGAGCUUUGGCAUUUAUAACUAUGGUGUUCCAUUAUUUAACUUACAA